AGUUCUCUAUCUCUAAGCUUGAAUACUGAGCUUUAGCACGAAGCUCCUCUUCCCUGCGAUUCAAUGGCGGUUUAUCAAACUCUGCUUGCUUGUUUUCUUGCUUUUCAAGCCUUUAUGUAAGCGAAUUUUGUCUUUACUUCGACCAAAUACAUAAUCAUGGCUUGUCGUUUCCCUCUCCAUUCUUCGCCACACCCUCAAUUCGUCUCUCCACAAUAUCGUCCGAUAAACCGACGAUUACCGAGAAAUUAUCCGUCAAUUUCAUGCAAAACGAAAUCAGAUGCGAACGAUGUUCAUGGUGAUGGGGGCGGUAACGACAAAGCUAAAGAAAACCAGGUAAACCUUCUCGCCAUACCCGUGACACUCACAGUAAUCUCCGCUUCUCUGGCUCAACCAUCUCUCGCGGCAACGAAAACGUCGGAGAGGAAGAGGGCUCAGAAGAAAACCCAGGAAGCUUUGACCCCGGAACAGCUAAAACUCUGGUCCAAAGACCUUCCUGUUGUGUCUGAUCGUAUACCGUAUAGCGACAUUUUGAGCUUGAAGGCCGAAGGGAAGCUCAAACAUGUAAUAAAACUUCCGGGUUUGAAUUUACGGCAAAAGGCAGAGCCAGUGUUAGUAGUGUUAGAGGAUUCUAGAGUGUUGAGGACAGUUUUGCCGUCUUUAGAUGGUAACAAGAAGUUUUGGGAACAAUGGGAUGAAUUAGGGAUUGAUUCAACGUGUGUUAAUGCUUAUACUCCUCCGAUCAAGAGGCCGAAUAUGCCAUCUCCUUAUCUCGGGUUCUUAUGGAGAGUGCCCGCAUAUAUGAUGACAUGGGUUAAGCCUAAGAAAGAGUCUAAACGUGCUGCUGAGUUCAGGAGAAUGAGGGAGGAUUUCAAGAGGCAACAGAAGGAAGCUUUGCAGAGGAUGAGGGAGGAUAGAGAGAUGGUGGAGAAAUCGAUGAGGGCACAGAAGAAGCAGGAGGAGAGGAAGAAGAAGAAGGCAAUUAGGAAGAAGAAGUACCAGGAGUCGUUGCUCGAAGCAAGGAGAAAUUACCAAGAUAUGGCGGAUAUGUGGGCGAGAUUAGCUCAGGAUCCUAAUGUGGCAACGGCUCUCGGUUUAGUGUUCUUCUAUAUAUUUUAUCGUACGGUGGUGCUCAGUUAUAGGAAGCAAAAGAAGGAUUAUGAAGACAGGUUGAAAAUCGAGAAGGCGGACGCAGAGGAGAGGAAGAAAAUGAGGGAAUUAGAGAGGGAGAUGGAGGGAAUUGAGGGUGAAGAUGAUGAGGUUGAGGAAGGCAAAGGUGAGCAAAAUCAAUACCUGAAGAUGGCCAAGCAAUUCAUGAAAUCGGGGGCACGGGUGAGAAGGGCAACAAAUAAGAGGCUUCCUCAGUAUCUUGAGAGGGGUGUGGAUGUGAAAUUUACCGAUGUUGCCGGGCUUGGGAAGAUACGGCUCGAGCUCGAGGAAAUAGUGAAGUUUUUCACUCAUGGAGAAAUGUAUCGCAGGAGAGGGGUCAAGAUUCCAGGUGGUAUACUUCUAUGUGGUCCGCCUGGGGUGGGAAAAACUUUACUGGCGAAAGCUGUAGCUGGUGAAGCAGGAGUGAAUUUCUUCUCUAUUUCCGCUUCCCAGUUUGUGGAAAUAUACGUCGGUGUUGGUGCAUCUCGUGUCCGAGCAUUAUACCAGGAAGCCAGAGAGAACGCCCCAUCUGUGGUCUUCAUUGAUGAACUGGACGCUGUUGGAAGGGAGCGUGGUUUGAUAAAAGGUUCUGGAGGGCAAGAAAGAGAUGCUACUCUCAAUCAGCUCCUUGUAUGCCUAGAUGGGUUUGAAGGAAGAGGGGAAGUCAUCACUAUUGCUUCAACGAAUAGACCUGACAUUCUAGAUGCUGCCCUCGUGAGACCUGGAAGAUUCGAUCGAAAAAUUUUCAUUCCCAAACCCGGCCUUAUUGGGCGCAUGGAAAUUCUGCAGGUCCAUGCUCGUAAGAAGCCGAUGGCUGAAGAUGUGGACUAUAUGGCAGUUGCUAGUGUGACUGAUGGUAUGGUUGGUGCAGAGCUUGCUAACAUUGUCGAGAUUGCUGCAAUAAAUAUGAUGCGUGAUGGAAGGACCGAGAUUACAACAGAUGAUUUGUUGCAAGCUGCACAAAUAGAAGACAGGGGAAUCUUAGAUAGAAAAGAGAGGAGUCCCGAGACUUGGCGACAAGUUGCUGUGAACGAGGCUGCAAUGGCUGUUGUGGCGGUGAACUUUCCCGACCUGAAGAACGUUGAAUUCGUCACAAUCAAUCCUAGAGCAGGUAGAGAACUGGGUUAUGUCCGGAUGAAGAUGGAUCAUAUCAAAUUUAAGGAAGGCAUGCUUACCCGACAGUCCCUCUUGGAUCAUAUUACUGUCCAGUUAGCUCCACGUGCUGCAGAUGAAUUAUGGUACGGUGAGGGGCAGUUGAGUACGAUAUGGGCUGAAACAGCGGAUAACGCAAGGUCAGCUGCUCGAACGUUUGUUCUUGGAGGCCUUUCGGACAAAUAUCACGGCAUGAAUAACUUCUGGGCGGUUGAUCGAAUCAACGAUAUAGAUACAGAAGCGUUGCGGAUAUUGAACAUGUGUUAUGAGCGUGCCAAAGAGAUUCUGGAAAGAAACAGGAAGCUGAUGGAAGCAGUGGUGGAGGAGCUGGUUCAGAAGAAAAGCCUUUCGAAACAAGAGUUCUUUAGUCUUGUUCAGUUGCAUGGAUCCAUCGGACCGAUGCCUCCGACCGUUCUUGAACUCAGGAGAAUCAAACGCUUGCAGAUGCACGACAUGUUGAACAAACACAGCUCCGUCGCUCUGGGAAGAAGCUCCUGCGUCUCUGAUCGCUGAAAACCCACCAUCUUCGUGUUCCUCCGAUCUCACAGAGAGAGGGAACAAGAUAUAUUCGCGUUUGCGUUUGGGAUAUCCGUGACGCAGGUACCGGUGUCUGGAACGCCCAAAGCAAAAAGAAGACAACAAUUCGGACAUGAAUUCUGCAAUAAUGGGGAGGGCAACGGUUCAUCGUAUACUUAAGUUACAUUCGAAUGGUAUUUUUUUUAAAUGAUUUUGGGAUAUUGCCAAUAAUCCAUUUUUAUCUCUAUUUCAAUCUGAAAUUGUAGGAUAAUUUGUCUCCCAAUCCCAUCCCAUUUUGUUCUA